AUGUGUAAAUACCUCUUAUGGAACGUGUUAGUAGCGGUGGCUCUGUUCAAUGGCGCCACAGCCGAGUUUUCCGACAUAUUCGAUGAAGAGCUGUUCAUAAAACCCUUGCCGGAUAGGUUUAUUUACAGCUACUUCCAGUUCACGACCCGGUGGGAGCUGGGCAAAAAUGACAGUCUGCUCCACACGAACCUGGUGUCUCGGCCGUUAGCAGAGCUGUUCCAUCACUAUGGCGUGCAGGAACUGCAUCUCAGUUUCACGUACGGAUUGUGGCGGUACGAAUCGUGGGGCUACCCUGUGACGGAUGCCGGCCCUGGGGCGGAAGUUUGGGCCUGGUUCGAACCCACCACCGAUCACGCCUCAAUCGACCAUCGCUGGAAGAUGCUAUGCGGCACGCUGUCCGGAAUGUUUUGCGCGUCGCUCAGCUUCAUCGAUCCCAGCAACACGAACGAGCCGGUUUAUUCGUUGCGCCCGCAAACGCACCGCUUCCCGGGACAACCGGAUCCGAUUCUCCGUUAUGCGGCACUACCGCGUGAGAUUGUUUGCACGGAGAAUCUGACACCGUGGGCCAAACUGCUUCCGUGCCGGUCUCGGGAAGGCCUAGUGUCCUUGCUCGUCCCCGACAGCAUCUACGCGAGCAACUACCACUCGCUGGGAGUUCACAUGCGCAAGCUGUGUGCCGACGACGCAUGCAGCGAGUUCCAGCUGGAAGUCAAGCAAACGGUUAGCGUAGUACAGGACCUGCGCAUGUUCGGUGGACCAAACUGGUCGAUACGGAAGCUAUUCGGGCAGGGCAUGGAAGGCUCGUGUGCCCUCGCAACCACCAGCAACGUGUACGUCGAUGUGACGGAUAACGUUGGGGUUGACGUGUCACAGAAACCGGACGAAACCGUCGUGUUUGUUCGAGGCGGCGCUCGCACGGAACUGCACCGGUUCGACGUGAAGCAGUUUGAAGCGGCUACGGCCAAGGGACGAAGAGCGAUGUUCAACGUAGCAGUAAUGGACAAACGCGACCCGAACGUCAUCGUCGUCGCCGGACCGCCACCAAUCUACGCGAAACGGUUCAUCCUGGGUGUUGGCCAGGAGCGAGGCAAGAUCGUGACACAAAUCACGAACACCCACUGGGGUCCGCUGGAGAUGGUCGUAUUCGAAAACAUUCCCUGGUUUGUGCCGAUUUACCUGCACACGCUUACGAUCCGGCACGGUAGCCAGCGCAUUCAGCCGGCCUUCAUGCACUACACACCCGGGGUGCAACGAGAACGUCCGUACGGACUUGAAGUUGGCCUGCGAGUGCCGGCCCGAAGCACCAUCGAGCUGUCGAUCGAUUUUGACUACAUCUUUCUCAAGUGGCAAGAGUACCCACCGGACGCAAACCACGGCCAUUACAUUCCGUCGUCGAUCAUCUCCCUGCUGCUGUCGUCCGCUCGCAACUACACAUCCGUUCCGCGUGAAGUUGCCCUUUUCCGGGAGUCAUUCAACGCGACGCGGUUGACCGGGUAUUUCCUGCAGCUGCGGACCGAGGCGCUACUGCUGACACUACCGACGCCCGAUUUCAGCAUGCCGUACAACGUGAUCUGCCUCGCGUGUACCGUGGUGGCGCUGGCAUUCGGUCCCAUUCACAACAUCUCCACGAAGCGGAUCGUGGCGAAGGGCAAAGAAACGGAUAAGGUGUCGCUGGGUGCGAAGCUGAAGCAGUUCUUCAAGGAAAAGUUGGGGCGAAAACAACCGCAAACCAAAGAGGAGGAAGCUGCCUGCGAGGAAGACUUAAACGCACCUGAUACUGAAUAA